AUAGGUCGGAAUCAACGGCUCACAAUCCUCAUUCAGCCCUUUAUAUUUUUCUCUACCAGCCACAAAGCACCUCCUCUCUUUCUCGCUCUCCAGGGUUUCUAGUCCAGGGUUUCUCAAUCCUGCGAAAGAAAGAAAGAAGGAAAGAAGCUGUUUCAAAGUUCAAAAUGGUUCUCCAAAACGAUAUCGAUUUGCUUAACCCACCAGCUGAGCUAGAGAAGAGGAAGCACAAGCUCAAGCGUCUUGUUCAGUCUCCAAACUCUUUUUUCAUGGAUGUGAAGUGUCAGGGUUGCUUCAACAUAACAACUGUUUUUAGUCACUCGCAAACUGUUGUGGUGUGUGGGAACUGCCAGACAGUGCUGUGCCAACCAACUGGUGGUCGUGCCAAGCUUACAGAGGGGUGCUCUUUUAGGAAGAAGAGCGAGUGAAGAUUAUGAUAAUUUACUGUCUUUAUAUUUUCGUGCCCUGUUUGGUAAAUUGUUUUAGAGGUCUUUCUUAGGAAUGAUGACGAUGCAUUGAACACCUGGGGUUUUGAUUUUGAUGUUUAAUGUUUGAUUGUCUUAGGUUAUCAAUGACUACAUGAGAUUUUGGAUUUGUUGGAUUCAGAAAUGAUUUGAAGAUCAAUCUAAGUCUAAUAUGUAGAAUUUGAGUUU